UGAAGAGAAGAAUGCUAAAAGAUAAUAGGUUAAGAUCAAAGUACAAGUGUUGACAAGGAGAAGGAAGGGAGGGAGAGAAAGAGGGAUAGAGAAAACGAAGAGAAAGAAAAGGAAAGAGUGUGAGAGAAGGGAGAGAAAGAACAGAGAAGGAAGAGAGAAAGAGGGGAAAGCAAAACAAGAGAAAGAGUAGGAGUGGGAGAAGAAAAACAAACCAAAGACAUUCGAAGUGACAUAGAUCAGCCCCAAGUUAAGCUUGAAUGAACAAAAUUUAGUGGUGACAUAAAACAACGACCAGAAUCAUUUAAAGUUAUUGAAGUUUAUUUUGUUUAAUUUAUAUUUAUUCCAUGCUUGUUCGUUGAAACUAUGCCGAAAUUUAAGCCUAUUAGAAACAAACUAGCUAGAUGCUUUCUUGCGGAGUUUCUGGGUACUUUCCUACUCUUGUUGGUUGGACUUGCUGGUGUAGCACAGGUUGUACUCAGCAAGAAGGCUGAUGGAGAUUUUUUCAGUAUUAAUGCAUGCUGGGGUAUGGCAGUGACACUUGGAGUCUAUGCAUCUGCAGAAGUAUCAGGAGCUCAUCUGAAUCCUGCAGUCACUGUAGCACUUGCUAUCUUCAGAAAGUUCUCUUGGAAUCAUGUUCCAGUGUAUUUUAUAGCUCAGUAUCUUGCAAGUUUUACUGGUGCUGCUCUUGUGUACUUUGUUUACAAAGAUGGCCUUGACAAUUUUGAUGGUGGAAUAAGGCAGGUGACUGGAGAGAAUGCUUCAGCUGGUGUCUUUGCUACAUAUCCUAAAAGCUUUGUCUCUACAGGCAGGUGCUUUGUAGAUCAGAUUGUUGGCACUGGGUUGCUGACUUUAUGCAUUGCUGCAAUAACGGAUGGCAAAAAUAUGAAACCUCAAAAAGGCCUCCUACCAUUUUCUAUAGGAAGUAUUGUGUUUAUAAUUGGUGUAACUUUUGGUUUCAAUUGUGGAUAUGCUAUCAACCCUGCAAGGGACUUGUCACCUCGCUUAUUUACCCUGAUGGCUGGCUGGGGCACUGAAGUCUUUAGUUUCAGAGACUACAACUGGUUUUGGGUUCCAAUUUUAGGGCCUCACAUUGGUGCAAUAUUAGGAAUAUUGAUCUAUGACGUCACUGUUGGUUUUCACUGGGAAAGUGCUGAACCAGAGAUUGAUGAAGCUAAAAAUCUUAAAGAUGGUGAAUUUGCUUCUAUGACUUUAGAAAAAGGUAUGUAUAUGAUCCAGUUUUCAACUGCAAAGUUCAAUCAAAACUAUUCUAUUAAAUCUACUGAUAUGUUUACAAUGAGAUUAUCUUAUCUUCAACAGCUGCUCUGA